AUGCGGUGCGCAGGCCGGCGGCUUCCAGGCGUCGUCACGGCGCCGUUACGCGGGGCCUUCACCAAAGCAAAGUUGCCAGCCUGCGCCGGGCCCCUGAACAGGAAGAGGCGCAAGAUCAUGACGAGCGGCUGCUCAAGGAGGGGCAUAUCCAGAACCCUUUCCACCACAUUUCCCCUCAAGAAGCCAAAGGUUCCACAAGAGUUGUGGGGGGCAUGGAAUGCAGUAAAGGGAGCGCUUACAUGGAGGAGUGGUCAGAGCCACGGAGUGGUCGCUGAAGCAAGCAGCGCAGUAGCCGCACCAUCACAACCGCUUUUCGAUCCUUCAGGCAUUGCUGCAAGACUUGACUACCAGCCAGAGCUGAAAUGGUGGCAACUGUCAUUGAUUCUGGCUUCUUCUGCAGCCAUUUGCACCACUGCCUACAUUAUGGCAAUGCCCAGGAAAUUCUCCCUGAGCUAUGCUGUAGGGACAGGGAUUCUCUUUGCAGCAUUGAUUUUUGUGCUGAGGAAGCUUGCCAUAGAACAGCAGUACACGGCUCAACAACAGAGUGAAGAGGAGCUUGCGGACAGUGAAGGACUGUUUGGAAAUUUUGAGGGGUUGCGGGUCCACUACAAAUGCAAGAUUGGAAGCAACAGCCCAACACUGGGGAUGCAUUUAUAUCAUGGCUUUGGCGCCAACCUGUACUCCUGGGGGCCAGUUCAUGCACGACUAGCGCAAAGCCUCAACGCCUGCGUCACAGCCCACGACACACCCGGUUUUGGCUUGACUUCAAGACCUGCGAAGCUGUCUGCCUACUCGCUGGCAACUAGCGGUCGAUUGGGCUGCUUGGUGCUGGAGAAAGAGGUUUCAAGUGCCCAGGGAGGACUUGAAGCUGGUACUCACGCCUCUGAGUCUUCAGAUACAUCAGCAAGGGCUGGCCUUGCAAUGGAUGCACCCACAAUGCCAGAGCCACCCACAUUGCAGCGGAUUCUGGUUGGGCAUUCGAUGGGCAGUCUCAGUGUGGCACUGGAUGUGGUGGACAAUCCACACCAAGUCAAGGCCUUGGUGUUCAGUGCCCCUGCAAUUCUGGCCCUGUCGUCAUUUCGUUCACGAUCCGACACAAACGACAAGGAGCCCCUGCUGCAGACCUCACAGUCAGGUCUGCAGUCAGCCAAUGACACCUCAAACAGGCAGCCCCGACAAGCCCUGACUGGCCGCAUCGCCGCAGUGCUGGCUGUGCUGUGGGGGACUGUCUGGCGGCAGUUGGUGUGGCUGUUCCUCUGGGUAUCACAGCCUGUCUCUGUCUUUUCUCUCCGGUCUCUGGUUCGGUCCAGGGCAUUUUGGAAGCGAGGCCUGGCGAAUGCCUACUUUCAACCUGGCUACGAAGAGAGGCUCAUCAACUCCUAUAGGCUCCCUUCUCUUGUACGCGGCUGGGAAUGGGGGCUUGUCAGGUUCACCCGAUCCAGGCUUGAAAGAGGAAAGCAAAGCUUCGCUCAACGAGUCUCUGAAGCCUGGACGGGUCAGAAAGAACUUAGCACGGUACAGAGGAUAGCAAACGUUGUGGAAAAACACAACAUACCGGUGCUAAUCGUGCAUGGCGUGAAUGACAAGAUCAUUCCUGUCAACAACAGCAGAAGACUGGCAACUUUGAUUCCCGGGGCCAAACUUGUGGAGUAUGCAGACUGUGGACAUGUGCCGCAUGAGGAGUAUCCAGAAAGGUUUGUGGAUGACGUGAAAGCUGUAGUGGCUGGCAGCUGA